GGAGCCUGGUGGCUCUGGUCUCCCCUGGGGGCGCGGGAGGUCCAGCCAUGCCCCUCAGGAACGAUGCCAUUCCCCUCGUGAAGGAGCCCCGUCCCCCACCGCAGGCCCCGCUUCCCUGGAUCCUCCCGAGCCUGUUUGCGGCCUUCAACGUGGUGCUGCUGCUGGUUUUCAGUGGCCUCUUCUUUGCAUUCCCUUGCAGGUGGCUGGCCCAGAACGGGGAGUGGGCCUUUCCCAUCAUCACGGGGCCCCUCUUUGUCCUCACCUUCUUCAGUCUCCUUUCACUCAACUUCUCAGACCCUGGCAUCUUACAUCAAGGCUCCAACGAACAGGGUCCCCGGGCAGUGCAUGUGAUCUGGGUGAACCACCAGGCCUUCCGCCUGCAGUGGUGCCGGCAGUGCUGCUUCCACCGCCCACCCCGGACCUACCACUGCCGCUUGUGCAACAUCUGCGUGGAGGAUUUUGACCAUCACUGCCAGUGGGUCAAUAACUGCAUCGGGCACCGCAACUUCCGCUGCUUCAUGCUGCUCGUGGUGUCCCUGUGCCUCUACUCGGGCGCCGUGCUGGCCACCUGCCUGAUCUUCUUGCUGCGUCCGACCCAACAGACCCCUUACAUAGACAAGGUCACCGCCAUCGUGGUGGCUGUACCCGCCGCCUGCUUCCUGGUGCCGCUCUGCCUGCUGCUGCUGGUCCAGGCCCUGCCUGCUCCUCUUUCCAUCUACACCCCUCUCCAGUGCCGAUACCUGUGGGGAUACAACCCCUUUGACCAGGGCUGCGCCAGCAACUGGUAUUUAGCAAUUUGUGCACCGCUGGGACCCAAGUACAUGGCCAAAGCUGUCUGGCUGCAGAGGGUGGUGGAGCCGGACUGGGUGCUCAUGCAGAACCUGCAUUGCCCAAUGUGCCCCUCUGCACUCAACCCCUCAGUCGUCCCUGGGCCUGUGUCUGGCCACCAGCCCCAACCUCUGGCUCCCCACGGAUCAGGAAAUGCUCCCCCAGGGAGUGGGGAGGCGGCAGCCCUCCAGGAGGCCCAGUGCUGCCCCGGCCGCAGGAGGCCCCCAGAUGAGGCUUGCCCCGUCACACCCAGCGAUGCCAGGAGUCCCUGCACCCGAACCUCACCUCCUGAGCCCCGCCCUUGGUAGGAAUUCCAAGACCAUCCCCCCCCACCCCCCAAGUCCAUUAAACACCCUUUUCCUGCUGUACCAUUGCCCUGCUGCGUGUGUCUGUCCUGGGUGUGAGGGGCUGGGACAAAGACCCUGGGAGGGAGGAAGGUCCAACACUAGUUGGCUCUGUGACCUUGGGCAAGACACUCAGAUUUCUCUCCUUCUUAAAAUGGGGCCAACCAUAAAACCCACAGUAGCUGUCCUGGCCGCCUGCCUUUAAGGGAAAACCCCCACACGUCAGGGAUGUCAGCCUCGGGAAAGAUCCGGCCCCGCCCUGCCACACCGCUGUCUGGCUGCAGGGGGCGCCCGCUGCCUGGGAAUUCGCCAAGCCUGGCCUGGUCCAACCCGAGGCAUUGGAGCCACCUGGGUGGGUGGGGGCUGGCCCUCCGUCUGGGAGUGGGCCCUCGCGAUCCUCAUCCCUGGAGGUGGAGAGUGGGGGUCUCACCAUAGUCCGGCCCUGCUUCUUCCUGCUAGUGGGUCUCACCUUGGUCCCUCCCAGGGUAGUCCGGUCCUGUUCCUGCGCAGGGCCCCAGGCCCUGUGAGUCCGCAGGCCCCUUGAGGGAGUGGUGUAUGCGGGAGUCCACAGGAGACUGCGGCUCCUCUUGGAAAUAAUGGCACCUUCCUGAAAGGUGGUCAGGGGCUGGAGUGAGUGAGGUGGUGCCUGCAAAACAGGUGCACACAGUAGGCGCACAAUGAACACAGCAGUAUGGUUGUCGUUAUUUUCUCCACCACACAGCUAAAAACACCCAGGGUUUCUCCAAAGACAACCUUCUCAGAAUUACCUGGGCCCCCGG